UUUCCACUUAGCAACAAAACAAAAUUACAAUUACUAACACUUUGGAGAAGAAGUGAGUUGAUUGAUUAGUGAAGAAAACAAGAAAAAUGCAGGCAGGAAAGGAUGCAGCAGCUGCAGCCAAGGCUGGCAUGGAGAAGACCAAAGCCAAUGUUCAAGAAAAGACAGAGAAGAUGACUACAAUUGAUCCGUUGAAGAAAGAGAUGGCGACGGAGAAGAAAGAGGACACGGUGGCGGCAGCAGAGAUGGACAAGAGAGCAGCAAAAGCACAGCAUGAACCUGGAAAACAUGGAGGAGCUACCACUGGCACUGGUUAUGGUACCACUGGCACUAAUACUACUUUUUAGAAGGAAAGAAAAAACAAGGAAGCUAGCUAUCUUAAGAUCUUGGUGUAUGUUUUUUUUUUUUUUUGGUUUUGUUGUUGGGGGAGGGAUGUGAUUUCACACUUUAGUGUGGGUGUUAGUUAUUACAUGAUGACACCAAAUUAAAUAAAUAAAAUGGUACUCUUCCUAUCUUUAGAUUAUAUCUAA